UCCACUGCAGAUCUGAAGUGACAGGCGGAGGGGUCGUGACAAGAGGAGUUUCCACUGGAGGCCUCACUGGAUAUAUUGCCAUGAUUUUAUGAUGAGCUGCUGUGAAGUCGCCCACCAAGCUCUGGCUCCUCUGUUUCCGUCUCGUGCCUCCAUGAACACCCCAUGUUCUUGAUGUCCAAAGGUGACUGGAUGUUAGAGCGGGUCUGAGCCCGACCCUGGUCGACGUCUAUACCUGCAGUGGUUCACCUUUCUCCGUGGGACAGUCGAAGGGGAGCCGGGCGCCAUGCCCACUCUGCCCAACCUCAACAGCCUGGGCAAGCUGUGCAGCUCCAGCCGUAGCCACAAUGUCGACCGCGUCCGGGUGAAGCGCAAGAGCUCGGUCAAACGCAUGUCCAUCAUCGAGGAUGGGCACGUGGCCGAGGUCCUGUACCUCAUUCCUAAACAAUACAUGGAGCAUCUGCCCUACCUCGACCCAAAUGAGUAUUUUCUGAGUGAUAGGCUGAACGACGUUGCGACAGUGGCUCAUGCGCAGGACACACAGCACCACUCCACAGAGAAGCCCCUGAUUCAGUGCUACAAGUGCGGGGAGCCAUGUAAGGGCGAGGUGCUGCGGGUGCAGAACAAGCACUUCCACCUCAAGUGCUUCACCUGUAAAGUGUGCGGCUGUGACCUCGCCCAGGGGGGUUUCUUCAUGAAGAAUGGAGAGUAUCUGUGCACGCUGGACUACCAACGCAUGCACGGCACCCGCUGCAAUGGCUGUGGGGACUUUGUGGAGGGGGAAGUGGUCACUGCCCUGGGCAAGACGUACCACCCUGCCUGCUUCGUCUGCACCAUCUGCAAACGACCGUUCCCCGCCGGGGACAGGGUGACCUUCAACGGGAAGGACUGCCUGUGUCAGUACUGUGUCGAGCCCAUGUCUCCGGGACCAAAGGACAUCCUGGGCUCCAGCAAUUGUGCAGGAUGUGGUCGAGACAUUAAGAACGGACAGGCUCUUCUAGCGCUGGACAAACAGUGGCAUCUGGGCUGCUUUAAGUGUAAGGCCUGCAACAAAGUGCUGACCGGGGAGUACAUCAGCAAGGACGGCGCCCCCUACUGUGAGAAGGACUACCAGAUCCAUUUUGGAGUUCAGUGUGAGGCGUGUCAUCAGUUCAUCACAGGGAAGGUGCUAGAGGCAGGAGAUAAGCACUACCACCCCAGCUGUGCGAGAUGCAGCAGGUGCAAUCAGAUGUUCACAGAAGGAGAAGAGAUGUAUCUGCAAGGAUCGACAGUGUGGCAUCCCGGCUGCAAGAACACCACCAGAACAGAGGAGAGACACAGGGAGCGGCUAUUGCCUCCGUCCCUCUUAUUCCUCCAAAAAACACAAAGGCAGCCUACGAGGUCGUCGUCCGAGAGCAUUUGUUCCAGACCUGGUUCAAGCAUACCUGGCUCACCGGGUCACACGAUCUAUGCAAAAGUAGACAAUGAGAUCCUUGAUUACCGAGACCUAGCUGCCAUUCCAAAAGUCAAAGCCAUUUAUGACAUUGAGCGCCCUGAUCUUAUUACCUAUGAACCUUUGUACACCACCUCCCUGGAUGAGAGAGAGGAGAGACACGAGAGUGUGGGAGAGCUCCACACUGCCAGGAGGGAGCGUUCCCCCUUGCCCGAUGACAAGUCCUCAAGAAACAUGUCGCCAACCCCACCUGGUGAGGGCUCUUACGACAGGAGGGAACGCAUCCUCCAAAGGUCCACCAGUCAGGGCUCCAUAGGAUCACCAGUUUAUAAUCGCCAUGGUUACACCCCCACCUUGUCACGGUCGCCACAGCAUUUUCACCGGCCAGAGGCUCUGACAGGCAUGCAGAAGCUCUGCUCCUCCUUGUGCAGUAACAGUGUGGGCUCCAGAAAUAGUGACUCCCGCCCCACCUCCCCUUUCAGACACCACUUCCUCCCCCAUAGCCAAGGCACUGACCCGCCGAGUGGCCGGAGCUCCCCCCUCCCGCUCAGGCCCGACAGCCGGCCGGUCACCCCGCCUCUCUCUCAGACCCCUAAACAUUUCCACCUCCCAGAUCAGGGGAGCAACAUCUACAGGAAACCGCCCAUCUACAAACAACACGAUUCAGAUGCCAUAGCACGUCAAAGCAAGUCUGCUGAUGAGAUCAUCAGAUCCGCCACCUUCCCCGCUGCCCAUGCUCCCUCUCCGGAUGACAGCUCACGGAGCGAGGGCGACCGUUGGCCCUGCUCUCUCGCUGUAUUAGGUUCAGAAGGGAGGAGACGUUCCAGAGAAGAGGAGGAGGAAGAGGCCUUGAAAAAAAAGCAGCUCAACGAGGAACAUCUCAUCAAGAUUCAGUCUGGUUUGGGAAAGCUCAUUCUGAAGGAGGAGAUGGAAAAAGAGCAGAUCAGGGAGCGUCACGCACGGAGCCUCUCCGCUCAGCGCUAUGACCCCAAACAGACCAACUGUGACGCAGAUCCAACUUCUCCAACCAAAACUAACUCUCUGCCUGGCUACGGAAGGAAUGGGCUGCAUCGGCCCCAGUCCACAGACUUCACCCAGUACAACAGCUAUGGUGACAUGUGUGGAGGAGGCAGAGAGUUUCAGCACAUUAAGGAUGGCCGUGCAGCACUUGCAAGGAUGGACAGGGGAGUAUCUAUGCCUAAUAUGUUGGAACCAAAAGUGUAUCCCUAUGAAAUGCUCAUGAUAACCAGUAGAGGGAGAGCUAAACUGCCCAGGGAUGUGGACAGAACCAGACUGGAGGUAUCAGAUUUCCACCUGACUGUCCGCAAUUGAUACUGGAUUUCUCUACUUUUGUCGCCACUUAGCACCCGAAACGUUCUUUGACAUCUUUGGAAUGGAGAUCCAGGAGUUUGACAGGCUUCCCCUGUGGAAACGCAACGACAUGAAAAAGAAGGCCAAGCUCUUCUAGCACUCAGAGCAGCAUGCACAUACUGUACAUUCAUUCAGAUAGCACACGACAACUGUAAUCUAGAUGUAGGUUUUUGGUUUAUUUCCUUUUCUUCUGGUUUUUUGUUUUUAUCCUGGCAUAAUCAAGGAAGCCAUGAAAUGGACUCUGACGCUUCCUGAGACUGUGAGCCGAAUGAUUUGUCCAGUUAGACUUGCACAGGAAACAAGGAAUCUCUUCCAUGUUCAAAAAUGACAAAGAAUGAAUGAUAAAUAGGGUCAUGUUAUUUGGUUUGACUGCGCUUGUUUUACUUCUUGCUUUGCUUCGAGUGGAACUGCUUUCCUUUCUUUCUUGCUUGUUUCUUCCUACUAUUUGUUGCUGUUGAUUCCUGUGGAACUUUGUAAGUACAGUAGAAACCUCAUGGCGCCAUUACGAAAUGCUCGUAGCUUGAACAUGUGUCAGCUUUUCCUUCGCUUGGGCUGAAACAGUUUUAGUCCAAAGUUUGCAAGAAUCGGCUCAGUGAGUCUUUGAAUAAAAAUUUUAAAAAAAGUAGCUGGGAAAGCAGUCAGCUGACCCAUCAACUGUUUUACCGGAUCUACAUGGAAAUGAAUCAUCGCCACUCUCCUUCCCCUGGAUACUGUACACGCCAAACGUCCACCUGACCCCGACAAAAAGAAAACGUCUCUCUUCUCAGGCUCUCAUAAACACGGCCAGACACUUUCCCUUUACAUGUAUUGGAAGUACAAAUCUUAAUAUAUUUUAGUGCCGUAUCCAACAUACAGUAACCAACAACUAGAUAAAACACAUAAUGUUAAGAAGCAACUGUAUUUGAAAAUACUGUUUUAUAAAUGAAAACCCACACUGCCAUUUGUUGUAUUGAAAUCUAAGCCAAUAAAGCUUUAAAUCACCAUGAACCAUAUGAUCCUCA